AAAAUUGUUUACAAUUCCAAAAGUAAAAAGAAAACAUCAAAAGCAUCAGUCGCCACAAGAAGAACUCGUAGGAUUAGCUUAUAAGCGUUUACGUCAGACGGAAGAUAGUGAUGAAAUGAAAAUAGCUAUUGCUUGGGCAUCGGAACUUCAAAAAAUCAAUGCCCAACAACAAAUUUUUGCAAAAAAGGCUAUCAACGACAUUUUAUUUGAAGGCCAAAUGGGUACUUUACAUCGAAAUGCUAUUCAAAUAGUACCAGCUUCAACUAGAUCAUCAACCCCGUUCUAUAGUAAUACUCCAACACCCUACAGUCUUUAUUCUUCAACAAAUAGUGGCCCCCCUUCUAUUGAAACAAAUGACAUGCCAUGUACUUAUUAGACAUUGACUAUUGAUACAAUUGAGAAUACAGCCUCUCCACAGCUUCAGAUUU